AUGACUGUAGUUCACCGAACACACUCUGAAGCCAGCAGGAACUUCCAUGGCUGGGUGAAGAAGAACUUUGCGCGCUGGAGCUGCCUCUCGACGACAUUGUUGAUCCGACCAGACAAUGCUCAAGAGACUAAGAUCGACAACAGCUUCUCAAACCCCGCCAAUGCCAACUUCGCGGUGCAGCUCGUUGUCCAACUCUAUCGAGCUGCAGGUAUCAUCGAUGCUCGUGAUUUCUCCAGGCGUGCAUCAGUUCUCAUGCUCACUCCAUAUAGGGCUCAGAGACGAAUCUAUGAUCUCCUGCUGUUAGAGUUGACGGCUACCGAAGUCCCUAAGAUACUGGUUGAAGUCUGA